GCCAAGACAAAGGAUUUUCCGACGGCAUCUCUUUGGGCCUCGAUGGGUGGCGGGAGCUGCAGCGGGCCAUCAAGGAGGGCGGCGCGCGCCCCCGGGUUCCCGUGCUCCGGGCCAUCACCAGGCUCCGUGCAGCGGGCUUCGUCGUCGCCGCGCUGACCAACAACAUCGCUCCGGAGGGCCCCGCAGAGAGCAGUGGCCUCAGCAGGCUCCGCUCUUUGUUCGAUCACUUCGUCGAGUCCUCCGUGACGAAGAUGC